GCGAUGGACCCUGGGGGCGGGUGGCCCUGUUUUUUACUGCUGCGGUCGUUGCCAACGACCUGUCAUCCGGGUCCUGCGUAAGGUCCGGCUGGGCCGGACUUGCCUGGGAGGUGGGAUGGACUGGUUGUCAGCCCGAGUCCCCUGCAGUUGGCAGGAGUAUGGGGCGCAGUGAUGCACGCCCGGGCGCCCAGCCUCGUUCUACUUGUCAGAGACAUUGCUUCGGACCGUGCGCUGCCCGUGGCUGCGUGCCCGAGGCGGGAGCCCCUUUCCCGGGGUUGGACCUGCGCUGCGCGACCAGCGGAGAUACCCAAGGACAGAGUCGAAAGGUCAACCUUAUCUGUCAGUGCUGGUGACAGCACCGCGACCGCACCUGCAGAACCUGAACUAGGUCCGUAAUGCCGCCUGCCUGGCUCUGUCAAGAUGGAGGGGAAACCUGUGGGAGAGCCUACUCACGUGGUUUCUAAAUUCAGACCUCCCACCAAGGCGGAAAGCACAGGACACUGGCUGGAGGAGGAUCAUGCUCGAAUAUGGGAAGCUUUAAAGACAGAGGAGAGCUCAAUUCAGGACUGGGGUGAAGAGGUAGAGGAAGGAGCUGUUUACCAUGUCACCCUGAAAAGAGUCCAGAUUCAACAGGCUGCCAAUAAAGGAGCAAGAUGGCUAGGGGUUGAAGGGGACCAGCUCCCUCCAGGACAUACGGUCAGCCAGUAUGAGACCUGUAAGAUCAGGACCAUAAAAGCCGGCACCUUGGAGAAGCUGGUGGAGAAUCUGCUGACAGCUUUUGGGGACAAUGACUUUACCUAUAUCAGCAUCUUCCUGUCGACGUACAGAGGCUUUGCCUCCACAAAAGAAGUGUUGGAACUACUGCUGGACAGGUAUGGAAACCUGACAAGCCCGAGCUGUGAAGAAGAGGGAAGCCCAGGUUCCUCGGAGUCCAGGACGGUGAUCAGGAACGCAAUCGCCUCUAUCCUGAGGGCCUGGCUGGACCAGUGCGCAGAGGACUUCUGGGAGCCCCCGCACUUCCCCUGCCUGCAGAGGCUGCUGGGCUACCUCAGGCAGGCCAUGCCCGGCUCCGACCCGGAGAGGCGGGCACAGAACCUCCUCCAGCAGUUCCACAGGCAGGAGGCCGACCCUGACCACGCGUUUUCCAGCACCAUCUCCUGCCGCCUGGAGGAGGAAGAGGAGCCGGAGGCUGGAGGGCCCGCGGAAUUCACGUGCUUCUCAGAAGAUCUCGUGGCAGAGCAGCUGACCUACAUGGACGCACAACUGUUCAAGAAAGUAGUGCCUCACCACUGCCUGGGCUGCAUUUGGUCUCAAAGGGAUAAGAAGGAAAACAAACAUUUGGCUCCUACGAUCCGCGCCACCAUCUCUCAGUUUAAUACCCUCACCAAAUGCGUUGUCAGCACCAUCCUGGGGGGAAAAGAACUCAAAACUCAGCAGAGAGCCAGAGUCAUCGAGAAGUGGAUUAACAUUGCUCAUGAAUGCAGAAUUCUGAAGAACUUUUCCUCCUUGAGGGCCAUCGUUUCGGCCCUGCAGUCCAAUUCCAUCUAUCGGUUAAGAAAGACCUGGGCUGCUGUCCCAAAAGAGCGCAUACUCAUGUUUGAAGAACUGUCACAUAUCUUCUCGGACCACAACAACCAUUUGACCAGCCGGGAGCUACUGAUGAAGGAGGGAACCUCGAAAUUUGCAAACCUGGACAGCAGUGUGAAAGAGAACCAGAAGCGGACUCAGAGGCGGCUUCAGCUGCAGAAGGACAUGGGGGUGAUGCAGGGCACUGUGCCCUACCUGGGCACCUUCCUGACCGACCUGACCAUGCUUGACACUGCUCUGCAGGACUACAUCGAGGGUGGACUGAUAAACUUCGAGAAAAGGAGAAGGGAAUUUGAAGUGAUUGCCCAAAUAAAGCUCUUACAGUCUGCCUGCAACAGCUACUGUAUGACCCCCGACCAGAAGUUCAUCCGGUGGUUCCAGAGGCAGCAGCUGCUAACGGAGGAGGAGAGCUACGCCGUCUCCUGCGAGAUCGAAGCGGCCCCCGACGCCAGCGCCACCUCGCCCAAGCCUCGGAAGAGCAUGGUGAAGAGGCUCAGCCUACUGUUCCUGGGGUCGGACAUGGUCACCAGCAGCACGCCCACCAAAGAGCAGCCCAAGUCCACUGCCAGCGGGAGCUCUGGCGAGAGCAUGGACUCCGUGAGCGUGUCGUCCUGCGAGUCCACCCACUCCGAGGCCGAGGAGGGCUCCGUCACUCCCAUGGACACGCCCGAUGAGCCGCAGAAAAAGCUCUCCGAGUCGUCCUCAUCGUGCUCCUCUAUCCAUUCCAUAGACACCAGUUCCUCAGGGAUGUCGUCCUUAACCAACCCCCUCUCCUCUCCUCUGUCCUGCAACAACAACCCUAAAAUGCACAAGCGCUCCGUCUCCGUGACAUCCAUGACCUCGACAGUGCUGCCUCCCGUUUACAACCACCAGAACGAGGACACCUGCAUCGUCCGCAUCAGCAUAGAGGACAACAACGGCAACAUGUACAAGAGCAUCAUGCUGACGAGCCAGGACAAAACCCCCGCUGUGAUCCAGAGGGCGAUGCUGAAGCACAACCUGGACGCCGACCCGGCGGAGGAGUACGAGCUGGUGCAGGUCAUCUCGGAAGACAAAGAACUGGUGAUCCCAGACUCCGCGAACGUCUUCUACGCCAUGAACAGCCAGGUGAACUUCGACUUCAUUUUACGCAAGAAGAACUCCACGGAAGACCCCGUGAAACUGCGAAGCCGGACGAGCUUGACCUUGCCCAGGACAGCUAAACGGGGCUGCUGGAGCAACAGACACAGCAAAAUCACCCUCUGAAGGGAGGGACCAGGGCCCUGCUUGCCCACAGCGCAGGGGCCCAGGACAGGCCAUGGUGGUGCCCCCACCAUCCAGCGGUAGAGGAUCAGCGGUGAAGCCAGCAGAUAUUUAUUGCGUGCCUGAGACGUGUGAGGCACUGUGACCGGCGUGGUGGGGACACCGGUGAACUGGACACGAACAGGAUGAACGGUUCACUGAUUCUCUUUGACCUGUUUGAGACCGAAAUGCAAAAUUAUCCACAUUUAUACAAAUAUACGACACACAUUUGGUAUGUAUGUGUACAUAUAAAAGUACAUGAGGAGCUUCGAGGACAUUCUGGACUAUGGAAGACAAGUUUGCACAACGGCCUGGGAAGCUGAGGUCACUUUUUACAGGGAAACAGAAGGAACCGGGAACCUCGUUCCCUACCUGCCGAGUGAGUGGUCCAGCCCUGGCAGUGCAGCGUCCUCCGCGCCGGUGACGGGACGGCCACCGUUUCUGUGAAGGGAGAAGGUGGGCCUCUCCCUCAGGGCCACCAGAAGAGACACCUGCAGAGGCGCACGUGCCAGGGGCUCAGUGACAGGCCACUUGCAAAGGGUUUGGAUGAGCCGCGGCUCCGGCCUCUGCCAGCGUCCCCCCUGCUGCCCCAGGGAGGCGGGGGGAGCCUUGGAGGCCCAGCCCCCCUGCUCCAGCCUCACGACACCUCUGGAAUCCGCA